GACAGACACACAGACAGUCACAUACAUAAGGAGACAGACACACAGACAGUCACAUACAUAAGGAGACAGACACACAGACAGUCACAUACAUAAGGAGACAGACACACAGACAGUCACAUACAUAAGGAGACAGACACACAGACAUUUACACACAGGGAAAGAGAGAAUAAUGCCCAUUCAUACCAGUGACACAGAAUACUAUAACUAUUCCCCAUCAGUCAUACACAGAACAGCCAUUAACCCCUUCCUUUCCAUAAUCCCCUUGGUGUCAUAGUGUAGUAACACCAGCACAUAAAGAAGGUAGUUAAGAUAUAUAUUGACAAUGAAUGUUCUUAUGAAUUAAUGUCCAUUUUAAAUGCAAGCUUCAAAUAUACAGCUUAACAAUUAUAGCUGACUUUCACUAAUUAUGUACUGACUGAUACCCCCACAAACAUAAACAAGACAACAAGUUCAGGUUUACUUAUCUUAGUGGUUUCCCAUCGCUCAUCUGCAGUCCCAGAUAACAGCUUCUCUCCUAGAAAAUAAACAAUAAAAGAAAAUGUUGGGCCCCAAGUGUAAUAUUUUCCCACAACCAGUUCUUGACAGCAGCAGAAGGAAAGCAAAAAAUGUCCUAUCGAUUUGAGUCUCCCGCACUUCUGCUUCCUCACUCAGCUCUCUGUACCAUGUGAUCACUGCAGUCACGUGACUGCUGUGAUGUCAGAGUGUCCUUUAGAGGGAUAGAAUCUAGCCGCUACCGCAAAUAUUGUGGAAUCUGUUUAUUGCUAAACAUAUCCGGAUGCUAAGAAAUUUUUUGAUAAAGAAGCCAGCAGAGAUUUCUAAGAUUCAGACAUUUUAAUAGAUUUUUGACAUUUUAUAACAACUGUUGUUUAUAAGAACUGUUGUUUUUAAUUAUAACUAGAUUGCUAGAAUAAAGUUUGUAUUGCCAAUAGGCAUUAUAAAAUAUUCUUAGUUAUUUUCUUUGAGACAGAACAGACGCUUAUUAUAAGCGCGCCCUGUUUUUUUUUUGGGGGGGGGUUACACUGUGAUUUCAACUGUUUUGCAGCCAGUAAGGACUGUAGUUGUGUUGGUUACACUUAGUUAUAUCACAUUGUUGUUGUUUUUUUAAUUCUCGGAGUAGUCUGCAUUACCUGUAGUUGUUACUUCAGAGUAAACUCUGUUAUCAGUUGGUGUUUCACAAUGGCUAACUACCGAAAGCAUGGAGAGCUAUGUAACAUCUCUAGCAAGCCAUGUGGGCUUGUAUGGGUCUCUCUUUAUGAAUGAUAGAAUUUCUUUCUCCUUGCAACAAGAAAAUAGUAAAAUUGAAAACUCAAUUUUUCAGGCUGAUCCAUAUUUUGAUUCAUCUUACAAUGAUUUUUUCAUCUCUGUUCCUAUGAGGCAAGACAAGCACUUUAAGAGAUACCAUGGACUGAUGAAUGACUCUUACCAAGAUCAGAAGAACUUUUUCAUCCUCUUUCCAGAUGGAACAGGACAAAUUCUUUAUCCAUCAGGAAAUAUAGGUGUCUUGAUCACCUGCUCAAACCAUACCCAGUUCACAUUUAUCAUUUUGGAAGAUGUUAAGCAGAAACCACAGAUUCAAGCAGUUUUCAUGAGUAAUGGUAAUGCAGCCUGCUACCAUCUGAACGGGAUGCUUUGGUUUGCUUUAGAUCCCUUUGGUGGAUCCUACUUUAAUGAGAAUGGAAUACGACAGAAGUAUUGGACAUGGUGGGACUUGAAUCAACACGUCCAUGCGCCUCCUCUUCAAUCCAUCACUGUGAAGAUUAAUUCCAAUAUUGAUGUUAAAGUGUUAUCUCAGGAUAAAAUCUAUCUGACGUUCGGUAGCAAGCAGAAAAAAAUCACACUUAAUGUUGGAUCUAAACUUACAUGCAAAGAUCCUAAGAAAGCUGACAUAUUAAAGUUGAAUAUUGGAAAGAAAGACUUUCAUCUUCUAUCAAAGCGUUUUAGAAUUAACAACCUUCUAAAUAACAUCAGCAAUUCAGUAAGACUCACAAAAGAUCUUAAGGACAGAGCAGAAACUGUCCAGGGCUGUAUUGUGCAAAUGCAGGAGACAUUCUUGAAUAUAAGGAAACUUGCACGAAAAGAACAUUUGCCCACAAGUUUUUGUAAAAAAAUCUAAAUAAAUCAAAUGCGAACAUCCUAAUCAAAAAGUAUAGAUCUAAGGCAACAAUUAGAUGAAAAUCUCACACUGCAAUAGGAAGCUCUCAAGUCCAAACACGUUCAGAACAUAGAAGACAAAAAGAAGGACAACGAAGAUUAAACAAUCAGAUAUCAUUAAAAGGAGAUAAAUAUGUUGCAAAAAAGAAGCAAAGUAUCUAAUACCACAUGCAAUAUGGGUUCCAACCCUCCCUUGUUUCCACUGAUCCCUCAAAUUUGUCUUCCAGGCUCCUUUAUUUAUCUGGUCUUAUAACAUUUUUCACCCUUAUUUUUUUACAAUAUGUAAAAUCUUUUUUUCAAACAGUUAAUAUUGUACUCUUGUACUCUUGUUUAGUUAAUCAUUUUGAUGUAUCUGGCAGUUAAAUAUCUUUACUACCAUUGUGCCUGAAAUUAGAAUUCAUAUAUUUGCCAAAAGUUGUUGAAUGUAUUAAAGGGACACUGAACCUAAAUGUUUAUAUCAUGAUUCAGAUAGAGCAUGCAAUUUUAAACAAUUUUCUAAUUUGCUCCUAUUAACAAUUUUUCUUAAUUUUGUUGCUGUCUUUAUUUGAAAAGCCAGAAUGUAAGUUUAGAGGCCGGCCCAUUUUUGGUUUACAACCUGGGUAAUUCUUGCUGAUUGGUGGCUAAAUGUCAGCCACCAAUAAACAAGUGCUGUCCAGGGUACUAAACCAAAAAUUGUCUGGCUCCUUAGCAGUAAAUUAGAAAGUUGCUUAAAAUGUCAUGCUCUAUCUGAAUCAUGAAAGAAAGAAAUUGGGUUUAGUAUCCCUUUAAGUUAGACUGUGAAUCAAGAAUUUUGUUGAACCAAAAUGUAUCACAUUGUACAAUAAAGUGUUUUGUUUUUUUUAGUAACUGCUGUAUAAUUUGUUGAGUUCCUACAUAAAAUUUGUUAAUUCCUUA